AAUAAUAAUAAUAAUAAUAAUAAUAAUAAUAAUAAUAAUAAUAAUAAUAAUAAUAAUAAUAAUAAUAAUAAUAAUAAUAAUAAUAAUAAUAAUAAUAAUAAUAAUAAUAAUAAUAAUAAUAAUAAUAAUAAUAAUAAUAAUAAUAUUAAUAAUAAUAAUAAUAAUAAUAAUAAUAAUAAUAAUAAUAAUAAUAAUAAUAAUAAUAAUAAUAAUAAUAAUAAUAAUAAUAAUAAUAAUAAUAAUAAUAAUAAUAAUAAUAAUAAUAAUAAUAAUAAUAAUAAUAAUAAUAAUAAUAAUAAUAAUAAUAAUAAUAAUAAUAAUAAUAAUAAUAAUAAUAAUAAUAAUAAUAAUAAUAAUAAUAAUAAUAAUAAUAAUAAUAAUAAUAAUAAUAAUAAUAAUAAUAAUAAUAAUAAUAAUAAUAUAAUUAAUAAUAAUAAUAAUAAUAAUAAUAAUAAUAAUAAUAAUAAUAAUAAUAAUAAUAAUAAUAAUAAUAAUAAUAAUAAUAAUAAUAAUAAUAAUAAUAAUAAUAAUAAUAAUAAUAAUAAUAAUAAUAAUAAUAAUAAUAAUAAUAAUAAUAAUAAUAAUAAUAAUAAUAAUAAUAAUAAUAAUAAUAAUAAUAAUAAUAAUAAUAAUAAUAAUAAUAAUAAUAAUAAUAAUAAUAAUAAUAAUAAUAAUAAUAAUAAUAAUAAUAAUAAUAAUAAUAAUAAUAAUAAUAAUAAUAAUAAUAAUAAUAAUAAUAAUAAUAAUAAUAAUAAUAAUAAUAAUAAUAAUAAUAAUAAUAAUAAUAAUAAUAAUAAUAAUAAUAAUAAUAAUAAUAAUAAUAAUAAUAAUAAUAAUAAUAAUAAUAAUAAUAAUAAUAAUAAUAAUAAUAAUAAUAAUAAUAAUAAUAAUAAUAAUAAUAAUAAUAAUAAUAAUAAUAAUAAUAAUAAUAAUAAUAAUAAUAAUAAUAAUAAUAAUAAUAAUAAUAAUAAUAAUAAUAAUAAUAAUAAUAAUAAUAAUAAUAAUAAUAAUAAUAAUAAUAAUAAUAAUAAUAAUAAUAAUAAUAAUAAUAAUAAUAAUAAUAAUAAUAAUAAUAAUAAUAAUAAUAAUAAUAAUAAUAAUAAUAAUAAUAAUAAUAAUAAUAAUAAUAAUAAUAAUAAUAAUAAUAAUAAUAAUAAUAAUAAUAAUAAUAAUAAUAAUAAUAAUAAUAAUAAUAAUAAUAAUAAUAAUAAUAAUAAUAAUAAUAAUAAUAAUAAUAAUAAUAAUAAUAAUAAUAAUAAUAAUAAUAAUAAUAAUAAUAAUAAUAAUAAUAAUAAUAAUAAUAAUAAUAAUAAUAAUAAUAAUAAUAAUAAUAAUAAUAAUAAUAAUAAUAAUAAUAAUAAUAAUAAUAAUAAUAAUAAUAAUAAUAAUAAUAAUAAUAAUAAUAAUAAUAAUAAUAAUAAUAAUAAUAAUAAUAAUAAUAAUAAUAAUAAUAAUAAUAAUAAUAAUAAUAAUAAUAAUAAUAAUAAUAAUAAUAAUAAUAAUAAUAAUAAUAAUAAUAAUAAUAAUAAUAAUAAUAAUAAUAAUAAUAAUAAUAAUAAUAAUAAUAAUAAUAAUAAUAAUAAUAAUAAUAAUAAUAAUAAUAAUAAUAAUAAUAAUAAUAAUAAUAAUAAUAAUAAUAAUAAUAAUAAUAAUAAUAAUAAUAAUAAUAAUAAUAAUAAUAAUAAUAAUAAUAAUAAUAAUAAUAAUAAUAAUAAUAAUAAUAAUAAUAAUAAUAAUAAUAAUAAUAAUAAUAAUAAUAAUAAUAAUAAUAAUAAUAAUAAUAAUAAUAAUAAUAAUAAUAAUAAUAAUAAUAAUAAUAAUAAUAAUAAUAAUAAUAAUAAUAAUAAUAAUAAUAAUAAUAAUAAUAAUAAUAAUAAUAAUAAUAAUAAUAAUAAUAAUAAUAAUAAUAAUAAUAAUAAUAAUAAUAAUAAUAAUAAUAAUAAUAAUAAUAAUAAUAAUAAUAAUAAUAAUAAUAAUAAUAAUAAUAAUAAUAAUAAUAAUAAUAAUAAUAAUAAUAAUAAUAAUAAUAAUAAUAAUAAUAAUAAUAAUAAUAAUAAUAAUAAUAAUAAUAAUAAUAAUAAUAAUAAUAAUAAUAAUAAUAAUAAUAAUAAUAAUAAUAAUAAUAAUAAUAAUAAUAAUAAUAAUAAUAAUAAUAAUAAUAAUAAUAAUAAUAAUAAUAAUAAUAAUAAUAAUAAUAAUAAUAAUAAUAAUAAUAAUAAUAAUAAUAAU